AUGGAUGUGGCGGUGUCUCCACACUGGCAUUUUGGUACUUCCUUGUGCAACAGGGCUCCGUGGCAAUAUUCCAAGCUGGCCUAUUUUCAAACAUCGCCCAUUGCCCCGCCAAAGCUGCAGGGAGUUAUCACGGGCAUUGUUUCAUCUGGCUAUGGUCUUUCCGCUGCUUUUGUGACGCUCUUGUUCUCCCUCUUUGGAGAUGACCUUGAAAGAUACUUCAAAGGCACAGGCCUUCUGUUCUGUAUAACAGCGCUGGGUGCAGCAAUCCUGAUGCCGUUUUUGCACAUGAGAUCGCGGUCGACUAAGUAUGGCCGAUUGCCAGAGGUGACACCGAAGGAUGAGGCUGGGAUUUAUCCCCCACCAACAAAGUAUGGGCAACAGGACCCAGAUGAACCUGCAGCUGCUGGUACUCCUAGUUCGAAAUCCACACCACAUAUGAGCCGCAAGGAUAUUUUGUGUAGAUUUGACUUCUGGCUGUUUCUUCUGUCAUUUGUACUCCUGCAAUCCAUCGGCUCCGGUCUCUACAUUGCCAACUUGUCCUUGAUAGGAGACUCCUUGGGUAUCUCUGCUGACAGCCGUCCGACUUAUGUGCGAGCUGUGUCGUAUUGCAAUUCCCUGGGCCGGCUUGGCAUCGGCUUUGCCAUGGAUGCACUGGAAGUCAGAGGAGUUCAUCGCUCUGACCAUAUCCUCAUCACAGCGUUUGGAGUGCUGCUGGCAUCAUCUGCGCUCUUAUUCCUGCCAGAGGAGGUGAUGCCGCAUGCACUCCUUCCUGCUCUAGCAGUGACAGCUGCAGCAUAUGGUGCAAAUUGGGCUAUCAUGCCUUCAUUCAUCGCGAAACGAUUUCAAGGGGCACAUGUCGGAGUGAUGUUCAACAUUCAUAGCGGCCACAUUGCUCUUACAGUGCUGCUGACCUCAUAUGUUGUGGGUGGCCUGUACGAUGUUGAGGCAGCCCGGCAGGGGGAAGGCUGGACAAUACGUUUGUGUAUGCUGGAGCUCCUGCAGAUGCCUUCUGUCAUGGUGCUGUUUGCUGGCGCUCGUCAUUUGGAUUGGGAGCUGGCCUGCAAGCUUUGGCCCUUUUGGUGGGUCUUGUUCUGGCGUUGGGCACUCAAUGGUCAACUUGAUCAGCCAAGUAGUCGUCAGAUCAGCUUUUGCAGAGUCACGGUGGAGCGCCUCGACUGCUUCGAAUCUCCAUUUCAGGUGGGUAGUGCGACACUGCAGCAGCCUGAAUCGUGCCAAAUUGACCGGCAUCGCAUCCUCGACACAAUGCCCUCUGGAAAAGUGGGAGAUCGUGGCAGUAGUGCAACCGGUCGUGGAAUAAGCGGCCAGGACUUUCGAACGCGAACGUUCGCACCCACAGACUUCAUUUUGCAUAUGGAGGAGCACAGAAAGGAUGUAGCAGUUAUCCUGGAACGCCAUUGGCGAGACUAUAUCGUUUCAGAGGUCCUCGACAAAAUGUCUGAAGUUAACAAUUUCUUUAUCGAGAAUCCGCAGAAGCACCUCAGGCAACCUUUGCACAGAAUUCUGCGGAAGUUUGACUUGAUCCUCUCGGCGCAGAUGAGAUGGUUUGUUCAGAUGUCUCUGACCGAUUGGGUUGCCUUUGUGCGUUCGUUUAUGCCGGAUGAUGAGCCGCUUCAGACACCCCUGCUUACGUUGAGCCUCGAGGCAACGCAUGGGGAGGUCGGAAUUGCACCGCAUCCAGAAGACCUGAAGCAGAAGAUCCUCGAUCUAAUCGAUGAUGUGACAAAGGUCACAUCUUCCAUCAUGAGCAUCGAGUAUGAGUUGGUGCCUUUUUGCAACCUCCCGCAGCACUUGAUGUUUGAUCUCCAAUCAGAGGGAGCACGUCGUGAUGAAGCUGACAAAAAGGAGGUUGAAGAUGCUGCCCGUCUGGUGGGCGCACAAACGUUGCACUCAGGCCCUGUUGACGAAGGGCAACUUCUACGUGCUGCAAAGGCUGCAACAGCGGAGGUCAUCGAGGACUGUCUCUUUGGUCCUCGAGAAGUCCAGGCAAAGUACCAGAAAUAUGCAUAUCUAUUUCACGAAGAGGUUGGUGCCGACCUUGAUCCGCUAGAUGUCGAGUCUGUGCGAGUUCGAACAGAGGCUUACUUGCAGGCUGGGACGGAAAUUGAGAAGCUUACCACCGAGAUUGUGAAGUUUCCACUCUUCGAGCUGCAUUGUACGGACAUCAUUCAGCACAUGUCGCAGCGUGCCUAUCACCUUGCAGCCUGCUGCUUGGAGACCGUGGCGCAAAGCAUUCAGGAGCGCUCUCAAGCUGUGCUGAACGAAUGGCAAGAAACUCAUGAGCGGAUUCUCUCAAACCCUGAAGAUGAAGAGGAGCUUGCCAACCUCAAGCAGUUCAUGGCAGAUCUGCCCCAGCUGAAGACAAAGCCGCUGAUGCAAACAACCCGGCACAUUCACACCCAAAUCAACAUGCUAGCAGACUUCAGCUUCUUCAUAGACAAUGAGGUCGUCGAGCGUGCCUUUUCCUCGUUUGCUUGGCCAUUGCAGAUUCAGAUUGAUGUGGGCGAUUCGGAGCGAAGUCUGGACUCUCAAAAGCAGAAGUUUAUGGAAAAGCUGGAUCGAGAGAAGACUGAGUAUGAGCGUGACAUGGCAAGAUACCAGGAGGAUCUUGAGUGGGUCAAGAGUCUGAAUGAUUACUCUCUGGCCAUGAAGUGUGCUCAUCGAAUCUACUCGUUGCGGGAGAACCUGGACCGUGCCAAAGAGCGGGUUCAGAGCUUUUUGGACCGCGAGCGCUUGUUUGGCAUGGACGUCUCAGACUACUCUGUGGUGGAGAAUAUGACUGAGGCAUUCGAACCAUACUACAAGCUUUGGACCAGUGCCAUUGACUUCAAGCACUCAGAGGAAGAGUGGCUGACUGGAAUGGUGCAGAGACUGGUGGCGGAAGAAAUCGAGACCGUCGUUGAAGAUCAGCUGGAAACUGAGUUUUGGAUCUGUGAGAUUUGUCGGAUUGUAGAGCAGUUCUUCUACAGUAGUUCUCAGUUCUUGAGUUUGCUGCACGAAUUGUGGACGGCCCUGAGCUGGUGCAAUGUCGAAUCUCACACCCCGCUGAAGGACUUGCGCGAGGAGAUUUCUUCUUUCCGCGCCAACAUGCCUGUCAUCCGCGCCCUAUGUCAAGAGGCAUUCGAGCCACGACACUUUUCAGACCUGUUUGAAGAGCUGCGCUUGGACAUGGACAUGGAGGAUGGCAUCACCUUGCAGCAAAUGCUCGAAGUUGGUAUCCUGGACCACAUUGACACCCUGGAGCGAAUCAGUGUAAAGGCGCAGAAGGAACAUGGGUUGAAGACUGCCCUGACCAUGAUGAAGAAAGAGUGGAGGCCUAUUGAAUUUGGCUUGGUACCACACAGAUCGGGCACGCACAUGGUGAAGGGGAUUGACGAGAUUCAGGCAGUACUGGACGACCACAUUGUGAAAACCAUGGGCAUUCGUGGUUCUCCCUUCGUGGAGCCAAUUGAGAAGGAGGUCAAGGACUGGUUGGCAAAGCUGACACUCAUCCAAGACCUCCUGGAGCAAUGGCUGGCCAUGCAGCGUUCAUGGCUGUACCUUGAGCCCAUUUUCACCUCUGACGACAUCCAGAAGCAGUUGCCAGGGGAAGCCAAGAGGUUUCAACAGGUAGAUGUUCUUUGGCGCAGCACCAUGGAGACCGUGUCCGAAAACCCCAACGUUCUGGAUGUUUCAGAGAUCGAGAACCUUCUGGCAAGCUUUGUGGAUGCAAACAAAAAAUUGGAUGCGAUCCAGAAAGGACUCAACCAGUACCUAGAGAAGAAGCGCUUGGACUUCCCACGGUUCUUUUUCCUCUCCAAUGACGAACUUUUGAUGAUUCUUUCUCAGACGAAAGACCCAACAGCUGUCCAACCUCACAUGGGAAAGUGCUUCGAAGGAAUCAGCAGGGUCCGCUUCAACAAGACGAAUGAAAUCAUUGAAGCAAUGGCGUCAGUGGAGGGGGAAGUGGUUGAUUUGGCUCUGCCAGUGAACGUGGUUGAAGGGGAGAAGAAAGGAAAUGUAGAGAAGUGGCUCAUGGAAGUGCAAGGUUCUGCUGACAUGGUUGACAUGUUUGAAAUGAAGACGACGGAUGCGACAUUUCAUGCAGAUAUGAAGUGCUGGCCUUGCUGGACUCACGGCACUGGAAAGGCUCUCUGCGGCUGGCCUAAAGUGCAUCCUACUGGAGGCAUCCUCUUCACCAGGCUGCGUGGCCGGUUCUUUUGCGGCCGCUGGGUCGAGGAAGGAGCCAACUGGGUGCAAGGCUUGGGCACGAAUCCAGUUUGGCAGAAAGUCCAGCAACGCAGCUGCACCGUGAAGACAGAAGAUGGGAGCGAGAACAAGGUAGACUCGAAAGACCGUGUGAGUUUUCGUGGCCUUGGAAAAGCAGGGCCAGAAGACAUGACAAAGGAAGCAACGGAGCGCACAAAGGCCUUUGAGAAAGCAAUGAGUUUGGUGGAGGAUGAAGAAAGUGGAGAGGGUGGUCCUGACGGUCCUGACCAGGAUUUGGCACAAGCACUGGCACAGCAAGGUUGGGUACCAGCGUCUUCACCUAUUGACAUGGCCAUUGAGUUCAGAGAGAUUGACUUUGAGUACGGUGAGAGUCCAGAAAAGGUUUCCGUGCAGCACAACGUCCAUGGUGAGUUUACAUGGGACGACUUUGGUCCAGAUUCCUUCUUCGUGGAUGAUUGCCGUGGGUUGGCUUCAAUUUGUCCUGAAGUGCCAGAAGGAGUUGGAUCGUACUACAACUGUAUCGUCGAGGAGCUUAUCCAGUUGCCUGAUUGCGUACAGGUCCAAUGCAAGGAUGGGUUCAAGGUCUGGAGUCGAGUGGCACUUUGCACGGUGAGUGUUGGUGUCCUAAAUGCUCGGGACAUUCUCUUUGAUCCACCUCUGCCACUCCCUAUGCAAGAUGCAUUGAACUCAAUGACUAUGUGCAAUUAUACAAAGACAUUUGUGAAGUUGGAGUCUGCCUUAUGGGUCGAUGACGAGCAGUACGUUAUCAGGGUUGGAAAACCACGCGGACGGCACGUGGUGUGGCAACCGCUAGCACCUGAUUUGGUCAUAGUCACAAACACUGGGGAUGAGGGCAGGCGGGUGGAAAAGCUUGACCCCGAGGAGCUUAAAAGGGAGCUAGAAGGAUGUUUGUCAGAAAUGUACGAAAGACCUCCCAACAUCCUGGUGGCCGAGGCGACCAAAUGGUCUUCGGAUCCUCGAUUCAGAGGUUCCUAUUCAUUUUUGCCUACUGGAUCUAUGCCUGACGGCUGGGAUGUGGUGAACGAGAGACAUGGAAGGUGCUGCUUUGAUGCAAAAGGAGCAAUUGGUUCUGGAGAAGAUUCGGCUGACGCCAUUCUGCAGUUCUUGGGUCUGAAGCAAGAGGAUGCAAGCACGAAGUGGGUCUUGGAAUGGCCCGGACAGGUGGUCAUUUGCAUUGACAACAUCUACUGGACACAGGAGGUUGCUGCUGCAAUCGAGUCUGGCAAAUUGGAGGAGUAUCACCAGAAGUCUGUAGACCAACUGACCGGCUUGGUGAACUUGGUGCGUGGUGACCUCUCCAAGCUGGGCAGGCAAACGCUGGGAGCGUUGGUCACCAUUGAUGUGCACAAUCGCGAUGUUGUUCACAGCCUGAAAGAUGCCAAAAUUUCAUCUUCCAAGGAAUUUGACUGGAUCGCACAAUUGCGAUACUACUGGCGUCAGAAGGGUUCCAUCACCCUCAAG